ACCGUGCACCGUUCCGUUGGGAUUUUCUUCGUUGUGUGUUUUUCAGACCGUUAUUAGUUAGCUGAUUUGGUUUCAUUCACAUGUAUAUUAUGUGAGCUGAAAAGCUAAAAGUUAAAGAAAUACCAUGUCGGAUAUAUUGUGCAGGUGGCUGAAUCAGGAGCUCCAGCUGUCAAAGUCUGUUGAGCCAAUGACAAUUACCAAAGAUUUCUCCAGUGGUUACCUCUUUGGCGAGGUUCUGCAUAAAUACCAGAUGCAGGACGAUUUCCGUAUGUUUAUGAGGAGAGACACCUCUGUCGCCAAAUUGAAUAAUUUUACCCGUCUGGAACCUACUUUCAAGUUACUGGGGAUCUCAUUCACUACAAAUACAGCCCAAGAUGUGAUGCGGGAGAAGCAAGGUGUGGCCACAUGCCUCCUUUAUGAACUACAUGUCUCACUUGAAAAGAAGAAGAAAGAAGGAAUUAGUCGCACAAUGAUGGAAAUCACGCAGCCUGCAGCCAGUGCAAACCUACUCAAGAAGGAGCAUAUCAUCUUCUCUGAUCGACUCCAUAAGGUGGUGAAAAGAGAUGCAGAUCUGAAGCUUCCCAACAUUUCUCAGCGCUAUGCGAAGAAAUACCAGCAUUUGAAUGGCAGGUCUGUGGUGACCCAUCCAAUGCUGCAAAAGAGACAAAAAAAAGAUCAGGGAGAGAAACGAAUCCAGGAUAUUAAGAAGCCAUCAGCAUGUCGUCAGAUGCACAAUGACAUGACUAACCAGGUGCAUGUGCCCAACCCACCUCCUUACACUUCUCGGCUGAACCUGAAAGAGAGACACCAGCAGCAGCAGCAGCAGCAGCAGCAGCAGCAACACAAAGAACGAGAAGAACAGGUUAUGCAGACAGUCCAAACAGAAAUAGACCAGUUUGAGGCAAAUAGGAAGAAAUUGACUUCUUCUGGUUUUGCUUCUGCUUCUAGUGAUCAGCCCCUCCUUGACAGUUUUCCCCUUGGCAGCAUCAACCAGGGCGGUGAAGUUUCUGAAAGUGGAACCAAGGUGACUUUACAAUCCAAUAGUAAGUAUAUUCAGGGGAUCCGUCAAAGGCUGCAGGACAGUGCUGAAUCUCGUGAGCGGAGAGAGAAAAGAGUCAACAGAUUCUUGGUGGAGCAGCUCAAGGCCCAAGAAGCUCGAGAGGAGGCGCGGUGGGAGGAGCAGCUGGUGAAACGUUUGACACGUCAGACUCAGCAGGAGAAACGUCUGGCAGUCCAGCUACUUCUUAUACGUAAGGAGAAGGAGGUGAUCCGGCAGAACCGCCUGUUCAGAGAGCAGCAGUACCAGCAGCGACGAGAGAAGGACUUCCAGGAAGCUCUGCACAGGGAGUCGAUUUUGGCUCAGCAGGUUAAGUUGGACUGUGAAGAAAGGAUCAGACAGGAACUUGGACACUGUAACCGGAUUGCUUCUGAGCGAACUCAGAUUCAACAAAAGGAGCACUUAAAGAGCUGCAGGGGCAUUUUGGAGCAGAUAGUGGAUUUGGCAACAAAAGUUGGAGAAUAUCGACUGCUCACUGGGAAUUUGAUUCCAGAGAAGAUGACGAGAGAGUGGAAGGAAUUGCUGUUGUGUGGUCUGCCUCUCUAUGAGCCGAUAAAGGGCCACCAGCCAGAGUUUGAUUUGGCCACUCCAUUAGAUCCCGUAGAGCUUAAGAAGCAGGAGAUACUCGACACACAGGACUAUGAUGAAUACAGUAAUGUAGUAGGUGAGUGGGCAUGGCCAGAGGAAGCAGAGGGGACAAAACUACUCCCAACUAACAACGACACACUUGGACAUGUUGUCCAGCGCCUGAGGAACAUUGUUCACCCACCCUGCUCGGAACCGUCUCCACCUUUACUUCCUCACUUUGCCAUCAAGGCCUGUGUCCUGGGCAAGAUUUGCUCUGGCAAGACCAGCUGCCUGGCCAAGAUUGCUGAAGCACACGGCUUCUGUGUCUUAUCGGCCGACGCACUGAUCGAGGAGGCACUGCAUGCUUACAAGGUCGGAGAGAAGGUUAGUCAGAUACAGUGCACCAGUGUACUGUACGGUUCAUACUUUUUAUCGAAUCCAAUUUUUUUAUUAUUAUUUUUUUUUCUUUUUAUAAAAUCUCUCCUCAAUGAUGCCAGAUAUUUCACUGUUCAAAACAAAUUUUUUGGCGGGGUGCAAAAUGUACAGGUCCCAGAGCAGCUGGGAGGUAAAGAAAAUGAGCAACUGGUCACAUCCUCCGCAUCACUGAAAUCUGAUUAUGAUACCCAAGAAGAAAAUAAAGACAGCAAUGCAACACUGUCAACACGCGCCGUACAGGGAGAAGCUGCAGACAAAGAGAUGAGGAAUGGGAACCCCAUCCCUAAUGAGCUGCUAGUGGACAUUAUAGUAGAGGCAAUCAGUCGCGUUCCAGCUCAGUCAGGGUGGAUCCUGGACGGCUUUCCACUGGACAUCACUCAUGCCUUCCUGCUAGAGAAAGCCCUCGGUGGGUCUGUAGACUUAGGGGAGGAAGUUGUAAACAGCAAGACAAACCUUGUUGUUGAUCCUAAUCCACCUAAACCUACACCACCACCCGCACCUGUGCUGGAUUUGGCUCUGCUGCUUGACAUCCCUGAUGAGUGUGUAGUCAGACGGGCACUCAGUCACAUCGAUAGUUCUGCAGCCUCACAACCCACAGACAAGACCUUGUAUUGGGCACAGAUCCCACACAGGAUCACAGCUUUUCAGGAUGCCUGGCCAGAGUUAGAGAGGUGGUUUGGUGCAAAGCAAAAUAUUCUGGUCCGUGUCGAUGCAGAUGUGGACGACGGGGAGCUUUACAGAAGAGUGGAGUCUGCCAUGCAGCAAGCUCUCGCCAGUCCCUUUGAAGACGUAGUGAUUGACAGUGGGAAAACUCCAGAGUUAUCAACCUCACCUCCGCCUGCUGACCAGCUUCCAGCACUUGGUGAUGAAGACCCCGGUCUUACAGAGUGCCACUCUAGUCCAAAGGAGGAAAACACACAUUCUUCUGGAGAGAACUCUACUAAUGUGUCUCCUGCGUCACUGACCAACGAGGACUCUCUAGGAGGUGGUAAGAAUCCACCUGAGUCUGCCUCUUCCAGUCCAGACUCGCCCAGCUGCAUCUAUGUGGAUGAACCCCUUCCUCCAGAGAUCCCAGAGUUCCUGUGCUCACAUUGGGACACGGUGUGUGAUUCCUACGUGAGCAAUGUAAAGACAGUGAUGCAGCAGCUGCGCUCACAGCGUACUCUUAUUUUUCAGUACCUCUUCAAUAUCAGAGAGGGAUAUAAACAUUACUUGGGACGUCCAGACUUGAAGCAGGAGUUUGUGUCUCGGUGGCAGAAGGACUUCAACAGCAUACCUGAUGACAUGAGAGAAGAUGAGGAUACCAAGGCAGAGCUACAUCUAAGACUGGAUGAACUGCGUGAACAUUUGUGCGACAUUACUGAGGAACGUAAAGUGGAGGAUGAGCAGGAGAGGACCGCUUUAAUGAGUAAUGGCUGGUUGGAGGACAACACUUCUGUCCUCGUCAAUCACCACUCUACACUCAUGCAGGUGGAAAUGGCCCGUUUCUGGGAGACACUCUGUUUUCUCAAGUUGUACUAUUUGAACAUGCACAGUCAGACGCCACCGCAACUACCCUCCAAAUUUGUCAGUAUCCCUUUACUCGGCGCCCCAGGAAGUACAGAUCACCAGGACAGCAGGCGUCCUGCCUCCUCACGAAGGGCCUCCAAGACAGGAGAUCUGGAUGGGAAAGAACCUCCACCGUAUGAGAAACUGAUCUCUGACUACGAGGAGACACUGACAACCAUCAGCAAACUGGUGUUAACAGAAGUCCGCCAGUGUGAGGCGAAAGAGAAGAAGGAGGCAGUAGAAGAGAAUGAGAAAAAUGAGAAAAAGAAGGCCCCUUCAAGCGCAGCCAAAACGAAAAAAGAAAAGCCUUCAUCAAAAAAACAGAAAGGUCCACCGUCCCCAGAUCCAGUACCCAGCCCUGCACCAGUUGAGGACAAAAACUUGGAGAAGAUUUGUGAACAACAGAUUAUGAAAAGAAUACACGAGGAAUAUAUAGCUGCUCUGAAACAUGAGGAGAGUAGAGCUAAGGAACAGAUUGCUUUGGUGAAAUGUCAUGGUGUUGCAAUGCUGCAGUCCCUGCAAAGCAGAGCAGAACAGACCUUCAGCAGUAUGGAGGAGUGCUCCCAGGAACGGCAUCUUGCUGAAAUGAGGAGCAUUGACCAGUUACAAGUGGUUUUACAAAUUGUUUGCCACCACAUACAGAGAGGCACUAAACUGCAGAACCAGCUGGUGUUGGAAGGUACUGACUUCUAUAUAAACGGAGACUGCCUCAUGGAGGCCAUCCCACCUCCGCCUCCCAGAGCACCCUCACUAGAGAAACCCAAAGGAUCCACCCCAACCAUCACUCAGCUAGAGUCACUUCGCCAUCAGCUGUUCCACAUUGCUCCAUCAGGUCUCAUGUGCAGUUUUGAGUUUUCCAGUGUGCUCAAAAAUAUCACUUCUGUUAAAACGGGCAGAGACACUCUGCCAGAGGCCUGGAUGGCCAGCAGUGAUACACAGUUGAUGGAGAUUGUGUCUUUGUUCGUGGAUGAGUGCGACCUCAUUGACUGGCGUAGGUUUCUGCUCAGUGCUGCUCUCCCUUGGCCAUUUCCCUCAAUAACACAGCUGCUGGAUGUGCUACAAGGUUUCAAGGCAGCGGACACUGGUGCUAAGGGCUAUAUAAACGAGGAACAAUACCUACAGACAGAGUUGUGGUUUUCCAGUGAGAGUAUCCUGGCUGUUCCUGAGGACCCCUCUGAGCCUGCACCUUAUGACCGUCUAGCUAACCUGCGCAAGUUCUUUUUCCAGUUGUUUGCAGACCACCGCUCCUUCGCUACCCCCCAACUGGAUUACGUGUCCAUGCUGCAGUACUUUGCAGCCGACCCAAACCCCAAACAGGGUUUCAUCAGAGCUCUUAGUGUGCAGCAGGGACAACAUCUCAAGCUCACCUCGCUAGAGCAUCUUGUUAAGUCCAUGCCCAGUAUAGAAGAGGACCCUGAGCUCUCCUCCUUAGAACAGGAUGGCAACUCCAAGGAACACGAGCAGGAAGUGUCAAUUCCUGCAAUUCUUGCCGUCAUCUGCCACAAGAUCCCCAAGAUGAAAGACAAGUGUCCCCUUCGUCCUGCCUGCCUGAGUCUGGAGGAGCACACUGAGCACCUGGAGCAGAUAUUUAGAGAGCUGGGAUACAAGCCUGAAGACUGCAUCCCCUUCUCCAUCCUCUCUGAGCAUCCUUUCAUCCAGGGGCUGAUGGAGACAUCAACACACUACCAGCUUGUAAACGUUCACAGGUUGCUACUGGUGGACCAGGAUGAAGAUGAAGAGUCACUUUGACUUUAGUUUCCUAAAAAAUAAGAUAAAAUACAGUAUAUCUGGGUAAGAGGUACAGUACACCCUGAACAGCUCGUCAGUCCAGCAUACUGAAUAUCAUUAGCCUAAUAGCAUGACUGCCUAACUUGUAUUCGGCAAACGAGAAUAAACACCAUUUUUUAGCAAGAACAGAGAAGUUUCGUUUGCUCACAAGACCAAAAUAAGUGAUUCAGUGUUUCCCUGAGAUCAAAGUGUCUUCUCAGCCUUUGUGUAUAAAGAUUAAUAGGGUAAAAUCAAUGGAUCAUUUUGAAGGACAUCUCUCUGGUUAAACAAAACUUAUUGGGCAAUAGACAAACUUUAUCCCAACGAAUGCUCCCAGCAAAGGUAUGGCGGUAUGAUAAAGCAGAAGGUGAGCUCAUCAUGUAUUGUUGGAAAGGUUGUUGAAUAAUAUGGCUUCUCUUUUUUGGGUAGUACGCACACGUAUAAAUGUAAAGUGGCGGAGGGUCCCUGCACAGUAGUAAAAAUUACACAUAAGAUUUUGGACUCUAAAAAGCGUCCUGAUUGGCCGAGGACAUAAGGAAUAAUGCAGCAGUGAUAUGAGAGUUAAGUUAAUUAGAUAUCACAAUUUCGCCAAAAAAUGACUUAGGCCAUUAUGCUAUUAGGCUAACGAUAUGCUGCUGUUGUCUCCUAUGUAAAUAUUUCUUUGAAUUAUUGUCUCUUGUGUCUGAAAUUAUUAUUUUAUGUCAUUCAAACAUAUUUACACUUUCAACACCUUGAUUCAGUGCAAAGGCAUGAGUAUAGCAGGUGAGGGUCAGAAUAAUUACAAUAAUUAAUUCAUUUUCUUUUGGAUUGUUUUUAUGUUGCACUCUUUGGCACAGAUCAGCAUCAGUUGCAAUGUCUUACAAGUUAUGUCAGCCAUUCUGUAUAGUCUGCUGUCUACAACUCAGACCAAUGUGCAUGUUAUAUAGAUAAGUUUAAUAUUAAACAUGUGUUCCUGUAUAACUGGUUUUGUAUUUUCACUGAGGAUUUUGUAAUGCAGCCUGUUUACCGUGAUUUUUACUGAAAUAAAUAAAAUAAAUUGAAAUUUAAAACUGUC